AUGUUCGCAUCCCUACGCCUCGGCCUGGCAGCCAGGCUAAUUCGUUCCCCCUUAUCUUUCGCGUUGUUGCGUGUGGGGCCCCUCGGCACCCCCAUUACUCUCGCGCGUCGGACGUUCUUGACCUCUGUUCAUGUCAACAAUCUCGCCGGAAGUAAAGCAGCAGAGAAAACGGGAAAGAAAGACAAGAAACUAACUAAGAAACCAGCUCGCCAAUCUGCAGUCGCGAAGAAGACGAAGAAAUCCACGAAACGAGCAGUUGCAAAGAAGAAGCCUGUCAAAAGUAAACCCAAGCAAGAGGAGGGUCCAAAGAUUGACAAGAAACUGCUUAAACCCCCCAAACGGCCUGCCUCUGCCUACGUUAAGUGGCAUGCGGAGCAUGUGAGACACAAUGUGAAGCCCAAGUCCUUGCACGAAUUGGCUGCAGCUACCCGUGAAAUUGCUGCCAUAUGGCAUGAACUUCCUGGUGAUGUCAAAGAGGGGUAUCAGCGGCGACGCAAAGAAGAAUUCUCAGCAUGGCAAAAGGAGUAUGAGCGAUGGUAUAAUGGUUUGACCCGUGAGCAGUUAAAGGCAGCGGAAAAACUCAACAAGAAGAAACGCACAUUUAGUCUUCACAGACCAGCAGAGCAACCUAAACGCCCGCCAACCUCAUACAUUCAAUUCUAUAUGGAUUUCAUGAGAGACCAUCCUGGACCUCUCAAAUUUGAAUUGAGUAAAGAGGCCGCAAAGGCAUGGAAAGCCCUUCCCGAGCCUACUAGAGACGAAUACAAACAACGCUAUGCUAGAGCACUUGAACAACACCACAAGAACUUGGAGACUUAUAAACGACAAUUCCCAUCGAACGCCGGUGCGGUCUGA